AUGGGCGAAUGGACCAUCCUGGAGCGGCUGCUGGAGGCGGCGGUGCAGCAGCACUCCACCAUGAUCGGCAGGAUCCUCCUGACCGUGGUGGUGAUUUUCCGCAUCCUGAUCGUGGCCAUCGUGGGCGAGACGGUGUACGAGGACGAGCAGACCAUGUUCAUGUGCAACACGCUGCAGCCCGGCUGCAACCAGGCCUGCUACGACAAGGCCUUCCCCAUCUCCCACAUCCGCUACUGGGUCUUCCAGAUCAUCCUGGUGUGCACGCCCAGCCUCUGCUUCAUCACCUACUCGGUGCACCAGGCGGCCAAGCAGCGCGAGCGCCGCUACUCCUUCCUCUACCCCAUCCUGGAGCCCAAGAGGCCCAAAGCCAACGGGGCCCUGGCGGCCGACGGGGCCAAGGACGGCGAGGAGGCGGCGGCGCGGCCGCAGCGGAGCGCCAAGAUGAAGAGGCAGGAGGGGAUCUCCAGGUUUUAUGUCAUCCAGAAACCCAGGAGCGCCAAGAUGAAGCGGCAGGAGGGGAUCUCCCGGUUCUAUGUCAUCCAGGUAGGUGAAAAGCGUGAAAAAAUGGGUUUUUGGGAGUAA